CUCAGGCCCCGCCCUUGGGCCCUGGCGCUGGCCGUGGUGCUGAAACGCGCGCUCGGCAGAGCCGGCCGGGCGGGGCCUGCAAGGGGGAGCAGGAGGGGAGAGCAGGGCGGCGGCGCAGGCCCAGACUCUGACCGACCUGGAGGAGGCAGCAGACCCGGGACCCUCCCGGUCUGGGCGGACACAGGUUCCUGGGAAGCCGUCUUCGGAAGCCACGGUUGAGCUUGGUCUGCUGCGCGCCUGGCUACGCCGGGGGCGCGCUCACACUGACCUCAGGCCGCUCCUCACACCAGGCUGAGGAGUGACCCACGACCCGGCCCUGCUCCCUAGAGCUGUAAACCCUCAACCAGCCAGUAACCCCCGUCCCAGUCCUGCGGCCUUCGCCAUGGUGAAGUUGCUGCCAGCCCAGGAGGCCGCUAAGAUCUACCACACAAACUACGUGCGCAACUCACGCGCCGUGGGAGUGAUGUGGGGCACGCUCACCAUCUGCUUCUCCGUGCUGGUCAUGGCCCUCUUCAUCCAGCCCUACUGGAUAGGCGACAGUGUGAGCACGCCGCAGGCCGGCUACUUUGGCCUGUUCUCCUACUGCGUGGGCAACGUGCUGUCGUCGGAACUCAUCUGCAAGGGUGGCCCUCUGGACUUCUCCUCUAUCCCCUCCAGAGCCUUCAAGACAGCCAUGUUCUUCGUGGCCUUGGCCAUGUUCCUCAUCAUCGGCUCCAUCAUCUGCUUCAGCCUGUUCUUCGUCUGCAACACUGCCACCGUCUACAAGAUCUGUGCCUGGAUGCAGCUGGCUGCAGCCACAGGCCUGAUGAUCGGAUGCCUGGUGUACCCCGACGGGUGGGACUCCAGUGAGGUGCGGCGGAUGUGUGGCGAGCAGACGGGCAAGUACACGCUGGGCCACUGCACCAUCCGCUGGGCCUUCAUGCUGGCCAUCCUCAGUAUUGGAGAUGCUCUCAUCCUCUCCUUCUUGGCUUUUGUGUUGGGCUAUCGGCAGGAUAAGCUCCUCCCCGAUGACUACAAGGCUGAUGGCAAAGAGGAAGUCUGAGGGCAGGCGAUGGACACUCUGGCAGGGCAUUAUUUCCCAGACGAGAAAAUCAGGGCUUGGAUCCUUCAGAGACCAGGACUUUCCCUCCAGCGUCCUGAGGCACAGAGUCUCAGCACAGGGUAGAACCCUCCAGUCUCCCGCAGCCCACAGACGUGCAGUGAUUCACAUGAAGACAUUCAGGGACUGAGGGGCAUGAGGGUGCUGACCCACAGAGACCCACGCUUCCCUCCUAGCUAGCAUUUCCCGUGAGCAAGCCGCUUGGCUCUUCGGUGGCCUUUCUGCUGGACACCAGGCUUCCGGUCCCUGUGUAGGGAUCCGAGCUUUACGACUCCACCAACAGUGAGAAGAGGCCCGAGACUGGGGUCCACAGCGUCCCUUGGCUUCUCCCUACUUCCCGUUGCUGCUCAGAGAUGGGUGAGGGAGAGACCAGACAUAGGGUCAAGAAAUUCCCAAGUUCAAUCUGACUCCUCCUUGGAACCCAAACCACAUUUCCCACGGUGCCCCAGGGUCCCAGCCAGAACUGACUUCUAGCUUCAGGAAUUUGCCAUUUACAUGGAAAUAAAUUUUACAGUACA